AUGGAGCGAAUUAUCAAACGUGAACUGAUGUGGUUUUUAGAGCAACAUCAUCUUCUCUCUGAUGUCCAGCAUGGAUUCCGCAGAGGAAGGUCCUGCUUGACCAAUCUGCUCUACUGUCCUGAACAGUGGACCCGAGCGAUUGAUGAAGGAAACGUGGUGCAUGUAGCCUAUAUAGACUUCAAGAAGGCCUUCGACAGCGCGCCACACCAACGUCUCCUAUACAAUCUCAGCCGCAUAGGGGUAAGAGGCAAUCUUUUGAAGUGGAUUGAAAACUUUUUGAUCGGUCGGUCUCAGACCGUCCGUCUUGGGGGCCAGCAAUCGGCAGAGGUGACGGGUACGAGCGGUGUACCUCAGGGCUCAGUUCUUGGCCUUAUCCUCUUUCUCAUCUAUAUUGAUGUGUGCAUCCAUGAGUUGGACUGCGACACUGCCAUGUGUGUUGACGAUAAAAAGCUUUGGAACGCCAUUCGCAACUAG